UUUAUGCUAAAAUACAACAUAUUAGGUGGAAAGAACAGCUUUUUUAUGACCGAUUUGUUGUUAGACUAGGAGAGUUUCAUGCCAGCAUGAGCUACCUUUCUGCUAUAUCAAAACUCUUCGAAGAUGUUGGUUUGAAGGAUGUGCUCAUUGAAUCGGGAAUUAUCAGCGUUGGAUCAAUAAGAGGUGUCUUGUCCGGAAAGCACUACAACCGAUCAAUUAUGUGUCAUAAAUUGGUGUAUGAAGCCUUGCAACGUCUUCGAUUCGAUGCAUACUUGGAUUCAAUCGAUAAUCAGCAAAAAGAGAGUGUUGCAACAUCCAUUCAAAACGUGGCUGAUUGUUUUGCGAACGGCAAGCUCAUCGACUGUAUCGAAAGUCAGCAAAUGGAGCAACUCGUGAGGAACUAUGAGCAGUUUGUUGAGAAAUCAUCCAUAAAGUCUAAAACCUUUGCAUUCUGGAGCAUGUACAUAAAAAUGACUGAAAUCCUGCUGCACUUCAUUCGGGCAACUCGAGAAGUCGAUUGGAACCUUCAUUUAGCGUUGUUCAGAUGUAUGCUGCCAUGGUUUUUUAUUUGCGAUCGUAUAAACUAUGCCAGAUACGGGACUGCUUAUUGGCUGGAAAUGACAGCAUUGGAAAAUACACAUCCUGAGAUUGUUCCCGAUUUAUCCACAACUUUCGCAGUCCAACGCCAAGAUUGUCACGGAUUCUCCGCAGUUUCUUGUGACCAGAUGAUUGAACAAACCGUAAAUCGUGACUCCAAAACCAAGGGAGGCAUUAUUGGUUUUUCAUUAAAUCGGUCGGCGGUCCACAGAUGGUUGUUAGCCCAAUCAGAAAGAGCCGCAAUUGCUAACAAAUGCAAGAGUAUGGAUGGUUCUAACAUUACUCCAAGGUAGAUUAGCAGUUUCUCUAACUAUACACGAAUUGUCAUGAAUUGUAUCGCACGGUAUUUUUACAGGAGCCGCAAAGAUCUUGACAGAACUAAGUGUGC